AUGCGUGACUUCCGCAAAGGCGAGAUUUGGAUCCUCGUCACAACCGACGUUCUCGCCCGUGGUCUGGAUCUCCGCGGCCUAAACGGCGUUGUCAACUACGACAUCCCUAACUCUGCCGCGGUCUACGUCCACCGCGUCGGACGCACCGGACGCGCUGGUCGCGAGGGUGGUAUUGCUGUUACAUAUUACACCAAGGAAGAUAUUCCCUAUGUCAAGAGCAUUGCGAAUGUCAUCGAUGCCAGCGAGAAGCUGCGUGGAACCGAUGACAAGAAGUCUAUUCAGAAAUGGCUACUUGAGUCACUUCCCGACUUGAGCAAGAAGGACAAGCAAGAACUCAAGAAACACGGUGUCAAGGCUCGCCAGGUCUCGAAGAACCUCGGCAAGGACGAGAAUGAUAAGGGCGCUCGCGCUGCGAGAAUCAGUACGAAGAGUGGUUACGAGCGCCGCAUGGAGAACCGCAAGCGAGGUGCUAUCGCUGCUAGUCGCAAUCGCAAGGCGGAGGGCGCGGCUGCAGGAAAUGAGAGUGAUGGCAGCUGGGAUGGAUUGGAAGAUUAA